AUGUAGGUGAGGUAACACUGAACCAACCUUAUACGAGCCAAUAGCCUACAAUGAAGUGCCCAUCACCACUCCUUAUCCUUCUACUUCUGCAUCUCUCUGCAGCAGCUUCCACUGCUCAAGAUUUUGAUUUCUUCUACUUUGUUCAACAGUGGCCGGGAUCAUACUGUGACACCAAAAGAAGCUGUUGCUAUCCCAAGACUGGAAAGCCAGCUGCCGACUUCGGAAUCCAUGGCCUUUGGCCUAACAACAAUGAUGGCUCUUACCCAUCUAACUGUGACCCUGAUAGCCCGUACGAUCAAUCUAAGAUUAGGGACCUGAUGCCUACAAUGCAAGCAAAAUGGCCAACCUUGGCAUGCCCAAGUAGUGAUGGCUCGGAGUUCUGGAAGCACGAAUGGGAGAAACAUGGCACCUGCUCGGAGUCCAUCCUCAAUCAGCACUCGUACUUCCAAGCAGCUCUUAACCUCAAGAAGCAAGUGGACCUCCUUCAAAUCUUGCAAGGUGCAGGAAUUGAGCCAGAUGGUGGAUCCUAUAGCGUGGAUAACAUCACUAGGGCUAUCAGGGAUGCAACUGGUUUCACCCCGGGAAUAGAGUGCAAUGUGGAUGAAUCAAGCAACAGCCAAUUAUAUCAGAUCUACAUAUGUGUGGACACUAAUGCAAAGGAUCUCAUUGAGUGCCCUCUGUAUCCUAGGAGCAUGUGUUCUUCCCAGAUUGAGUUCCCUCCAUUCUGAGAUGCCAGCUUGAAAGUUCACCAUUGAUACAGAGAACAAAAGCAGUUGCUUUUAUUAAUAAAAAUAAAUGAACAAAUUUUUUUUUUAAUGUACAGUAGCAAUUCUUAUGUGGAAAACCAAAUAAUAGCCUCUUGUAUGAAAACCUCAAGUUAUGUACAGUUCCUAUGGAAGAUAUUUCCUAUAUGAUGCCA